UGUGACAUGCGCACUUGCACAAGGUCGAAUAUUCCCUGCCACGGUCUGGCUUAUUUUGCAAAGAAAUGGCUGCAUUAUGUCGCCUCCGUUUGGCUACUCGCUCGAGUAAUUCCUGCAAUAUUGCACAAAAAGGGUCACUAUUAAGAUUAUCGAAUAUUUUCCGAAAGCCGCUCCAAACACUUCUAGUCUCACGUCACCUCUCCUCGCCUGCCGCAAAUCUUGCUUUGACGGACGAGCAGAAACAACAGUUUGAAGAAGAGGGAUACUUAAUCAUCAAUGACGUCUUGGAUAAGGAACAUAUCCAACGCAUGAAAGACGCUCUGGAUGAGUGCGAAGAAAGAGCGAAACAUCUAGAGAAGUCAACCAACCACCUAACGCUGGAUCCUAUGUCAAUCCCCGGGAAUUCACUACUGCAGAGAGUACAUAUACCAUCCCUUCUCUUCCCUGUAUUCGAAGAGACUAUAAAGAAUGAAAAGAUUCUUGACAUUGUUUCAGACUUGAUUGGGCCGAAUAUUAGGUACAUUCGGCAGGACAAGGUUAAUGUGAAGCACCCAAAAGGCACAGGCUUCCCAAUCAAGUGGCACCAGGAUUGGGCAUUCAACCCCCACACAAACCAAGAUCUGGUCAUGAUCUGCAUUUCAAUUGAUGACACCAAUAUUGAGAAUGGGUGUCUACAAGUCGUACCCAAAUCCCAUAAGGGGCCUCUCCUAUCACACUAUCGAGACGGAGAGUUCGCUUCCGCAAUCAACGACCACCGGUUUGACCCGUCCAAGGCAAAACAUCUAGAAGUUCCUUCAGGGGGGAUAAGUCUGCACCACGUCUCCUCUAUACAUGGUUCUGCCAUCAACAGAUCUAAAAACAAACGACGUUUGUACGUCUAUCAAUACUGCUCCACAGAUGCAUGGCCGCUGCUGGGCGUUAGCUCAAAUGAAUUCACUAAUAUAGGUCCAGUUGACUGGGACAGAUUCACGUCCACCUUGGUUCGAGGGAAGUGCACAUUGUAUCCCCGGAUGGAGAAAAUCGACAUCGCACUUCCGGUCCCGUUUGACAAGGGCUACGUCUUUGAACAUCAAGACUCUAUCGUAUCCACGCAUGACAACCCCCAGUGAUGACGAGAUGAUGACGAUUACAAGAUGAUUAUGUUUACAUAAUGCUGAUUACAUAAUGAUAACGAUAAUAUAAUGAUGGUAAUGAUGUCUACACUCAGUGACGGUUACAGGGAUCAUGCUGAUUAUGAUAACAUGAUAAAGGACAAGUCUCAUUCUAGAAUUAAAUUUGCACCGUUCUCACGUGA